UUACAAUAAUAAUUAUUGUAGUGCCUGCGUGAUGGUAUAUGUGAACAGGAUCCAUAGAAACUUUUGGGUAUUUACAAGUAAGUAAGGUAUUUUCAUUAUGUUUGGUUCCAACUGCUACAACAUAACAAAGCUACUUCGAGUUUUAAAUUAGGCUAAAAUUGGUGUUAUGCGUGAACUGCUUGAAUUCUAUAUUGCACAUACGUUAUAUGCAUUGGAUUAACAACAAAGCUAUAUUAUGUGAUACACAUAUAUUCUAGGUAUCGCAUGUUUUUUGUUUGGCAUCUUGGGUUUGGUUAUUGCUAUUGGGUUGGUACUUGCACCUAAGCACCUCAUUAAAUUUUGCUAUAUUCAUCAAAAAUCAUUUCUCUUUUUGCUUAUCCAGGAAAACUACCUAUUUGCACAUAACUAUUAUUUUCUGUAUUUAGGUAUACACUAGUAAUUAUGUUUCCUAAGUUAAAACCAACCAUAUACUAUAAACUAUACAGGUAUCUGCCUAAGGCGUUUUGGUGAACUGAUGGUGUAGAUACAAGUAGGGUUAAUAAAUAUUAAUUUCUGUGACCUCAAAGUAUCAUUUGUAGGCAUCUGUUUGUAAAUUAAAACUUAUGUCCAUUUUGGUGAUAUUUACUUACCUAAUACUCUGCACUAUAUGAAAUAUUGUUUAAUAAAUUUUCCUAAAUUGCACAUAAGAUAUUUAAUUCCCUAAUACUCUGCAAUAUGUGAAAUAUUGUUUAGUAAAUUUGUCUACAUUUAUAAGGUAAUUCAAUAGUAAUCAAAGGUACUUAUGAGUAACAUAAAAUUGAUUCAAAGACAUGGUAAAUGUUUUAAUAAUUGUAAGUAUAUUAUUAAUUGUUAAGAUUUAAUUCUUUUGUUGAAUUGACAUUUGUAUGAGAAUAAUAUGUUAAUUAAAAACAUAGCUUUAAAAAAAAAAUAUUAAGUUAAUGAUCAUACCUUAACAUUUACUUUGAAUUCAGAAUAAUACAUAACGUAAAAAUAAAAUAUAUAACCUUUUGUAUGUCUAGUACAUUUCAUGGGAUAAGCAUAUUAAUAUAAAUUAUAUACAUAAUUAAAAAUAAAUGAAUAAAAUAAUUAUAAUAGUGCUAAGUAUUCUUGUUGUACAAUACUUAAAAUGACAAUACUUAUUGUGAUGUCUGUCUAAAAGGGCUUAUACAUAAAAAUAAAUAAUAAAAAUUAUCUUACUUACUUAAGCUACCUUGUGACACAUUAAAUAAUGUUAUGCAAUAUUUAGGGAAACUAUUUGUUCUCAGAUAAAAUCUUAUACAAAUGGACCAAGUAUUAAUGAAUCGCUUAUUGCUAAUAAGUGACGAAAUUAAAAUAUUAACAGACUGUGCUCUCACACAAAGUGCUAGUUACAAUAACGAUGAUAAGACAAAAGCCUGCAUUAUCGUCGCUAAACUAAAAGCAAUGUUGGGUAAAUUUGGUCAUGAAUUGCAUACUUACUUUAAUACCUCUCAAGAACCAGAUAUAGAUGAAGUGUCUACACUCACUAGCAUACAGCUACAUGGAGAGGAAGCAUUAGUAGAGCUAGAAGUUAAAAUUGAGUCAGGGGCUAUAUCACAAAAUGAAGCUUCAACAAGCAGUACAUGUGCCGUUUUGUCCAGUAAACUUCCAAAGCUAUCCUUACCGAUUUUUGAAGGCAACAUCCUUGAUUGGCAUCAAUUUUGGGACCAAUUCAGUUCAAAUAUAGAUAAGAGAAACUUACCUGAUGUAGAUAAGUUAUUGUAUUUAAAAAGUUCCCUCACAGGCGAAGCUAAGAAUACUCUAGAAGGAUUGGAUGCUACUAAUAAAAAUUAUCAAAUUGCAGUAACAUUACUCAAGCAAAGAUAUGGUAAAGAAAGUCAGAUUAUUGAUGCUCAUUACGCAGCAUUAUACAAAAUCGAACCAGCAAAAACGAGUGCAGAUGGAAGGAAGACACUCAACGAAAUUGAAAGGCACUUACGUGUAUUAAGCUCUAUGGGUGAAAAUGUAAACCAUAACCAUUUACGAUUCAUUAUCAUGGAAAAGUUUCCAGCAGAUAUACUCUAUGAUCUUAAAAUGAAGACGUCAAAUGAAUCAGUUGAAGAAAUAAGAAACAAAUUAGAAGUCAUAAUUGCAGCCAAAGAAGAUGUGGCAAAAAAUACCAGUGAUAUUAUGAUGUCAGAGAAUUCUACUCAUUAUACUACUGAAGCAUUAUAUGUGAAUGAUAAACAAUUUGGACACAGAAAAAACCAGAUGAUAAAGAGAGGAAAUUUAUCUUUCAAACAAAGAACAGAAGAUAGCAGGCGAUCAAAAUUUUAUCCUGUAAGAAAAAGAUGCAUUUUCUGCCAAGGGGCACACUUUAACGAUCAAUGUCAUGAAGUGAAAGGUAUCGAAGAAAGGAAGGCAGUUAUAAAGGAUUUGUGUUUUAUUUGUUUGAAACCCAAACACCAUGGCAAGGCCUGCUCCUUUGAAGUAGAAUGCCCGCACUGUAAUCAAAAAGGAAUCCAUAAUAGAGCACUGUGCCCAAAGAAAUUUCAAGCAUAAAUGUAAAGUUGUGUACAAACUACGAUAUAGUUUUUUAUUCUUCCGUCCAAAUAAAUAAAUAGGCAACAGUUAUUAUUAUUCAUUAUUGUUAUCUGGUUAAAUAAAGCUAGACAAUAUUUUUUUUAAUUGAUAGAAUCUAAUUUGUAUAAAUACCAUCCGGGAGUAUUCAUGAAAGACCUGUAUAAAUGUUAGCAGUCAUAAUAUAUUUUUAAUCAUCUGUUGCUACUAGAUUGAGCUUACCAGAUCUACCGGUGCGUAGCGCGAAACUUCAAUUGCUAUGGGAUUUAGAAUCUAUAGGUAUUACACAUCUUCGUAAUGACAGUCUGGAAGAAUAGGCGGUAGGAUAGUUUAAUGAUUUAAUUUAAUUUUGAACUUUAAUUUCAAUGUUUGAAAAAUCUGUUAAAGCCCUUAGAUUCAAAUUCAUUGUUGUUAUAUGAGCCACAUUUUAAGAAUUGACCUUGAAGAAAGAGUUAGUACUUAGUAUGGAGUUGGUAUUAGUAGUAGUAGUAGUCUCAAUUUAUGAUCCAUGCGAAUAUGCAAUUCCAAUAAUACUACCAGAUAAAAUAUUACAUAAAGAUUUAUGAACGUCUCAUGAAAUGUGCGGUUAAGUAUCUUAAGUUUAAUAAUAUAACUCGACAAUAUUUCUGGACAUAUAGUCAAAGGACUAGAUUUUUUUAAGAAAUAUUUGAAUGAUUGGUUAAUAAUAGUAACGAUUAUAAAUUCUUGUUUGGCGGGGGAGGGUCUCGCGAAAUAAAUUUUAGGUAAAUAGUUAGCCUCUAGACACCAAACAGCCCAAGUAAGAAAGGGACAUGUCUAGCUAUUAGAGCCAUACAUUUAGAAAUAGUACACGAUUUGACAGCAGAAGAAGGCUUACUUGCUCUUAGAAGAAUGAUAUCGACUAGAGGGGUACCUACAAUCAUAACUUCAGAUAAUGCGUUAUAUUUCAAACUUAUAUCAUAAAUAGUAUCAAAACCGUAUUGCAUCCAGAAUCAAAUCCAAUGGAGAUUUAUACCAGAACUGGCUCCACGGUUUGGCGGUUUCUAUGAAAGAUUAAUAGGCUUGGUUAAGCACUGCAUGAAGAGGACGUUUCAGAAACACUUACUGAAGGAUACCCAGUUGAUGACAGUAAUGAAAGAAAUUGAGGCAAUAUUAAAUACGAGACCAUUAAUGACUGUAGACACUAAAAUGGAACAUGUUCUCACACCAGCCGACUUCCUUACAGCUGGUAGAUGUAUCACCUUAGUAGACUCGCAGGAAAAAUGACUACUAGAAGGUGCAGCUACAAAGGUAGACCUAGUAAAGAGCUGGAGAAAAGUUAAAAUAGUUCUAGAGGAGUUAAAAGAAAGGUUUGUAAACCAAUAGCUUCCGAGCCUGAGGGAACAAUAUUGGAAUUUUCACAAGGAUCCCAGAAUAUUAUCGAAGGAGUUACCUAAAGUAGAUCAGAUUGUACAGAUCAAAGAAAAUAAAAACCGUGAAGAUUGAAGAGUUGGCAAAAUAGUUUCUCUUAUUAGAGGAUCUGAUAGUCAAUGGAACUUAGUAAAAACAAUUCUCAACCGAUUAACGAGAUUGAAUUACCUAUUGACAAUGCAGAGUCGAUCAGAGGUGAUAGCACAGUUAUAAAUGAAAUUAGCAAUAAUUUAGAUGAACAACUAGAUAAAAUACCACUCCGUAUAGCGAAAGUUUAGGCGCUGAAAAAGAUAAGAGAACGGACGAAGUUGUCAAAUCAAUAUCUCUUUCCUUUCGGGCGGGAGUGUCGCGAAAGUUCGCGAAAUCAUUGAAAGGCUGGCAACACCAAAGAGCGGUCUCUCUGAUGUGACACGAUAAAGAAUUUGCCGCCAUCUAGGAAUGUUGUCUUGGAAAGCCACAGUCCGUAUAACACAGAACAUUACAAGGUAUGUCAUGAUGCUGUUAUCUUUCGUUUCCUUCCGACAUAUGAUAAACUUAUUAAAUACCCUUACUUAUAAAUGCGAAGCAGAUUUAAACGUAGUU